UAAAUUUGUAAAUUUAUGUAUAUAAAGUUAAUAAUAAAUAUUAAAUAAUAAUAACUAUUAGAUAUAAGAAAAAACAUUUUGUAAAAUCAACAAUUGUGUGUUGUGACAUUUGAAACUGUGUAAACAACAUAAUCCAUGAUAAGAAAAUAUAAAAAAAAAACAAUUGUUAAAUUAAUAAUAGACAUAGAUACAUAAAUAAUAACAAUGUUGUCAAGAAAAAAUAAAGAUUUACGUACAAUCAAAGAAGGAGUUGUUGGUAAAUAUAUUAAAAAAGAUACUCCACCAGAAAUACCAAUUAUCAAUGUAUGGACAACAGAGCCAAAUAGAAGAGCAAGAAGAAGAAAUAAUAAUACCAAUCAAUCAUCAAUGCCUUCAACAUCAAUGGCAAUGGGUCAACAACCAAGUAUGGUACAAAAAUUUGGUAAUAUUAAAACAACAACAAGUGCUGUUGGUCUAGGAAGUCAUGAGGGUAAAUACACACCAAACAGUUCAGUUCCAAAUUUAGCUCAACGUUUUGCAAGUUUAUUAGUCAAACCAGAUUGUGUAAUUGAUGAACGUCAUGAGUCACAUGCUCUGUUGCCAGUACACACUGUUGAUACAACAAAUCAUAUAUAUGCUAAUCAAUAUGCUGGAUCAGAGUAUCAUCUUGAUCGUGUACAAUCAUCACAAAUACCAUUUAUGCAAUUUAAUAAUGAUGCUGAGUAUGAAAAUUUGGAUCACGCUGUAUUAAGACAACAAACAGCUGAUUACAGUAAAAGUAAUUCAGGUAGGUCAAGUUCACAAUGUGAAUUACCAUCAGCACCACCUGAAUUACCAUUACCACCAGGUUGGUCUAUUGAUUUUACACUACGAGGUAGAAAAUAUUACAUUGAUCAUAAUACUAAAACAACUCACUGGUCUCAUCCAUUAGAAAAAGAAGGUCUACCAACUGGCUGGGAAAAAAUUGAAUCAACCGAACAUGGAGCAUAUUAUGUCAAUCAUAUUACAAGACAAGCACAAUUUGAUCAUCCAUGUUAUCCAUUUGAAACACAAAAAGGUGUGAUUGAAGAACCACCAAGACAUACACAUUUUCAUUCACACAGUGUUCUGGUACCAGCAAAUCCAUAUUUAACUGAAGAAAUACCACAUUGGCUUAAUGUAUACAGUAGAGCAUCUGUUUCAUUGGAUAGAAAAUUGAGAUGGGAGCUAUUUCGUUUACCUGAAUUGGAUUGUUUUAGUUCAAUGCUAACAAGAUUAUAUAAACAAGAACUUGAAGAAGUUGUUAUGAGAUAUGAAGAAUACAGAUCAGCUUUAUUAUGUGAAAUGGAACAAAGACUUAGAGAAUUAAAUCCAGCAAAUUGUUCAUCAUUUACUGGUGCUGUUGCUCUUCGUAGAUCAUUACCUUGAUGAUAAAUUAUUAUUAAAUUUACACUCAACAUGUUAAAGAUUAAAUAAUAUUUUUGUAAUUUUUAUUCUACAUUAUUAAAUAGUUUAUUUUCAAUUUUACAAAAA